AUGAGCAACAAAAAUCUCGUCGACAAUGAAGAUUCAUUUUCUUUGUUCAUUGUAGUCAUUCCCAAUAUUCCAAUCGAUGCUCGAUGGUCACAGAAUGGAACGAUCGUUGCUGGAGGUAAUGGAGCCGGUGACGCCACUAAUCAACUCUACAUGCCUCGAGGUGUCUUCGUUGAUGAUAAUCGAACGAUGACCAUUGCUGAUCUCGAGAAUCAUCGUAUCGCCCAAUGGAAGAUGGGUGAUACGAAUGGACAAAUUGUAGCUGGUGGCAAGGGCGAAGGAAAUCGAUUGGAUCAAUUGAAUGCGCCAACCGAUGUGCUAAUCGACAAAGAGACUGAUAGUCUCAUUAUUUGCGAUUACGGGAAUAGACGAGUCGUACGAUCGUCUCGUCGUCGUGGCACAACUCAAGGAGAAAUCCUCAUUGACAACAUCGAUUGUUAUGGAUUGUUUAUGGAUAGUCAGAGAUAUAUCUACGUCUCUGACUACAAAAAACAUGAAGUCAGACGAUAUCAAAUAGGAGACAAGAAUGGAAUUAUCGUGGCUGGUGGAAAUGGCAAAGGUGCUGGUCUCAAUCAACUCGACUGGCCCACCUACAUUUUUGUCGAUCAACAACAGACUGUCUACGUGUCAGACAACCACAAUCAUCGUGUGAUGAAAUGGAAUAAAGAUGCAAAAGAAGGUGUUGUCGUCGCCGGAGGUCAAGGUCAAGGGAAGGCUCUGACACAAUUGUCUCAUCCUAACGGACUCUUCGUCGAUACAUUGGGUACCCUCUAUGUGGCAGAUUCGUCGAAUCAUCGAGUAAUGCGUUGGCCUAAAGGAGCAAAACAGGGUACUGUCAUUGUGGGUGGAAAUGGUGAAGGAGCAGGAGCAAAUCAAUUCAAAAAUCUCCGUGGUUUGUCCUUCGAUCGACAUGGAAAUCUCUAUGUCGUCGAUGGUGGUUGGGAUGGAAAUAAUCGUGUUCAAUUUUUUUCAAUUCAAUAA